UUAAGGCUAAGGAAAAUAGGAAAUAGGCCUUUGGGUUGUGUUUGGUCCUUAGAAUUCGUACGAAAAAUUGGGAAAUGGGAAGGGCGUUUGUGUAUGUAAUAUUGGGUGGUGGAGUUGCAGCUGGUUACGCAGCUCAUGAAUUUGUUAAACGAGGUGUCUCUCAUGGUGAACUCUGCAUCAUCUCUGAAGAACCUGUUGCUCCUUAUGAACGACCUGCAUUAAGCAAGGGUUAUUUACUACCAGAAGAUCCUGCACGUCUGCCUGCUUUUCAUUGUUGUGUCGGUACGAAUGAGGAAAGGUUGACCCCGAAGUGGUACAAGGAACAUGGCAUUGAAUUGGUCCUUGGAACUCGUGUAAAAUCAGCUGACGUGAGACGGAAGACACUGUUGACUGCAACUGGUGAGACCAUAACCUACAAGAUUCUCAUAGUGGCAACUGGUGCUCGGGCUUUGAAGCUUGAAGAGUUUGGAGUGAGUGGAUCAGAUGCUGAUGGUGUAUGUUAUUUACGAGAUUUGGCUGAUGCAAACAGGCUGGUUAAUGUGAUGCAAUCCAGCAGUGGUGGGAAUGCUGUUGUAAUUGGUGGUGGCUACAUAGGAAUGGAAUGUGCUGCUUCUUUGGUGAUCAGCAACAUAAAUGUUACCAUGGUCUUUCCAGAAGCACAUUGUAUGGCCCGCCUAUUUACUCCUAAGAUUGCAAGUUACUACGAAGAAUUUUACAAGUCAAAAGGAGUUCAGUUUGUCAAGGGAACGGUCUUGACAUCAUUUGAUUUUGACUCUGAUCAGAAGGUCACUGCAGUGAAUCUGAGAGAUGGAACCAAGCUACCUGCUGACAUGGUCAUAGUUGGCAUCGGAAUCCGACCAAAUACCAGCCUUUUUGAAGGGCAACUUACUCUCGAGAAAGGAGGGAUAAAAGUCAAUGGCCGAAUGCAAUCAAGCAACAGCUCAGUCUAUGCUGUUGGGGAUGUUGCUACUUUUCCUGUCAAAAUUUUCAGUGAAACACGGAGACUUGAGCAUGUUGAUUCUGCAAGGAAGGCGGCAAGGCAUGCAGUAGCUGCUAUCAUAGAACCAGAGAAAACAACCGAGUUUGACUACUUGCCAUUCUUUUACUCCAGAGUGUUUACACUCUCUUGGCAGUUCUAUGGAGACAAUACUGGUGAUGUAGUCCAUUUUGGAGAUUUCUCUGGAAAUCGCUUCGGGGCAUACUGGGUGAACAAGGGUCAAGUUGUUGGGUCUUUUCUAGAGGGUGGAACGAAAGAGGAGUAUGAGGCUAUUGCAAAGAUCACAAGGCUCAAACCAGCAAUUGAGGACUUGGCUGAUCUUGAAAAACAAGGGUUAGGAUUUGCUUUGACAUUGAGUCGUAUACCAGAGCCAUCGGAGGAGGCUGUUGUUGUCAGCAGUGGUUCGGGUUCCACUCUUGUAAUGGAGAAACCUUUACAUGCUUGGCAUGCAACAGCUGGAGUCAUAUUGGCUGCAUCAAUUGCUGCAUUUGCAUACUGGUAUGGUCGGAGGCGUAGAAGGUGGUAAAUGUCUUGUUCAAGAAGCAUUUCCAGCGUGGAAGAUUUUUACACGAUGAUUCCAGCUUUGUUGUAUCAUUUUAGCUUAGAGAAUUCGAAAUACUUAGCCUGAGAAUGGCUUCAAUACCGAUCUUACAAACAUGUAUUCUGUCUUUACAGUAUAUAUUAAUACACAUUUUCUCCUCAAUUUCUCAUCA